AUGUUAGAGCAGUUACUAAUAUUUACUAGAGGAGGUUUAAUCCUCUGGACUUGCAAAGAGCUUGGAAAUGCUCUUAGAGGUUCUCCCAUUGACACACUGAUUAGAUCCUGUCUUUUGGAGGAACGAUCUGGUGCAGCAUCAUACAAUUAUGAUGCAGCUGGUGCUUCUUACACUCUUAAAUGGACAUUUCACAAUGAGCUUGGGCUUGUAUUUGUUGCUGUGUAUCAGCGGAUUCUCCACCUCGUGUAUGUGGAUGACUUGCUUUCAAUGGUUAAGCGAGAGUUCUCUGAAAUUUAUGAUCCAAAACGGACAUCCUACAAUGACUUUGAUGACAUAUUUCAGCAGCUUAAGAAAGAAGCUGAGGCUCGUGCAGAUGAAAUGAAGAAAUCAAAACAGGUAGGUAAGCCUGUAAAUAACAAUCUUGGUAAGAAGCAAGGACAGGUUCUAAAGGGGAGUAUGGAUGGCAGCAAUAAAAAAAACAAUGGAGGUGAAUCUGAAAACGGGGGUGGAAAUGAUGACAAGCUGAAAGGUCACUUGUUGGAAAAUGGGAAUUUUAACAAAAAUCAUGUUGUAAAUGGGGAAUCGCCCAGAAUAGUUAAUGGUAAUGGUAAAGAGAAUGGAAGUUCCAAUGUUGGGGCUUUUGAUGUAAAUAAGCUACAGAAGAUUAGGGGUAAAGUUGGAAAGAAAACUGAUACUACUGUUAACAAAGUUUCCAAGGUAGAACCGAAGAAAAAGGUAGUGAAAAAGAAUAGAGUUUGGGAUGAUUCACCGAUAGAGCCAAAACUGGACUUUACUGAUCCAGUCAGUGAGAAUGGGGAAGAGAAUAUAGCAAUUGUAGCAGCGGAUCAAGGUGAGAGUAUGAUGGACAAAGAGGAGAUUAUAAGCAGUGAAAGUGACUCAGAGGAGGAGGACAUAGGGAAGAACAGUAAGGUUGAGACAAAGAAGAAAGGCUGGUUCUCAUCCAUGUUCCAGAGUAUCGCGGGAAAGGCAAAUUUGGAGAAAGCCGAUCUAGAACCAGCACUGAAGGCACUCAAGGACAGGCUUAUGACCAAGAAUGUGGCAGAGGAAAUAGCUGCAAAACUUUGUGAAUCGGUAGCAGCAAGUCUUGAGGGAAAAAAGCUGGCCUCUUUUACAAGAAUUUCUUCGACAGUGCAGGCAGCAAUGGAAGAAGCUCUUGUUCGCAUAUUAACCCCCAGGCGGUCCAUUGACAUUUUAAGGGAUGUUCAUGCUGCACAGGAACAAGGAAAACCAUAUGUUGUCGUUUUUGUAGGAGUAAAUGGAGUUGGAAAAUCUACAAAUCUUGCUAAGGUUGCUUACUGGCUUCAGCAGCAUAAGAUAAAAGUCAUGAUGGCUGCUUGUGAUACAUUCCGAUCUGGGGCUGUUGAGCAGCUUCGUACUCAUGCACGUAGACUCCAGAUUCCAAUAUUCGAGAAGGGUUAUGAGAAAGAUCCUGCCAUUGUAGCGAAGGAAGCAAUACAGGAAGCUGGUCGAAAUGGUUCAGAUGUUGUUCUUGUUGAUACAGCUGGUCGAAUGCAGGAUAAUGAACCACUAAUGCGAGCUCUGUCGAAGCUUAUCUACGUUAACAGUCCAGAUCUUAUCUUGUUUGUUGGUGAGGCACUUGUGGGGAAUGAUGCUGUGGANCUUUAUUUAGAAGUGGGAGCUGCAUUGUCAAUGGUAUACAUUUCGGGAUCACCUGUCAUGUUUGUUGGAUGUGGACAAUCUUACACUGAUUUGAAGAAGCUCAAUGUCAAGUCCAUCGUCAAGACACUCCUCAAAUAA